UUCAAUCAAGAUAAAUCGAACACGUACAGAUACAUUUCUGGCGUCACCGGAGGAUGACAAGUCGCCAGUUGCCAAUUUCCAACACCGAAACGCAAGACCAGCAUGGCGUCCAAGCUCUCGCUCGCCUUCCUCGUGCACGACUUUGCCCCGCCGUCGAGCUGCCCGCAGAGCCCCGAGACGAGCACGAUGGGCCUGCGCAGUCCGCGCGUGAGCCCGCUCAUGGCCAAGACGCGGUCGCCGCCCGCGCCGCGCUCGCGCCCGUGCAAGCACGCCGGCUGCACCAAGUUCGCCGUGACGCGCGGUCACUGCAUCGCGCACGGCGGCGGCAAGCGCUGCAGCGUCGCCGACUGCCCGAGCGGCGCCAAGACCAACGGCCUCUGCUGGAAGCACGGCGGCUCCAAGACGUGUUCGUUCCCCAACUGCUCCAACCGCUCCAAGACAUACGGCGUGUGCUGGUCCCACGGCGGCGGCAAGCAGUGCGGCGAGGCCGGCUGCACAAAAACGGCGCUGCGCCACGGUCUCUGCUGGGCGCACGGUGGUGGCAAGCGCUGCCGCGCCGAUGGCUGCCAACGGCCAGCGUACGAGCGCAACGACAACCUCUGCGACGUGCACUGCUCCAAGAAGAAGCACCGGAGCGCACCAUAUUAGUGUCUAUAUAUCUCCACGUAUUUAACAAUUGUAAGUUUUCCCUUAUUCUCCUUGGG